UCAUCAUCCUCAAUCGAAUCUGGUUAUCUGGUUAUCUGUAUAUCGUCUUCGUCCCUAUCUCACUCACAGCCUAAGCUUGAAGCUCCCACAAUGGGUCCCCUUAUUGCCCCCUUGCAAAAGGGCAACCUCAAGCGCAUUCGCCAAGCGUGCGCAAAUUGCCGGCGUAGGAAAACAAAGUGCUCGGGGGAGCGUCCGAUCUGUUCCCACUGUCGGCGAAAUAAGCACUCCUGCAUCUAUGAGCCUUACUCCGUGACCAUCAGCGACAAUCCUCCCAACACCGCGACCGCGCCAACCUGUGAGAAUACCCAACUAUUGCAGCGCAUCUCAGUGAUUGAGUCACGCUUGGCGGAGUUAAGUGAACGGGCCGCACACCAACCCCGGUAUUUCCCACCACGCGCUUCAAUUCCGUUAACACAGCCUGCUGUCCCGGGCCUUCACCCAUUCGUCACACCCUCGCAGCCCGUCUUGGACUCCAUCCUUGAGACCUAUUUUCUCCAUGUGCACAACCAGCCAUACAGUAAUUUCCAGGAGAACAGCUUCCGACAGGAGAUACAGAAUGGGACCCUGCCACGAUGCUUGAUACUAGCCAUACUGGCUUCCGCCGUUCGCUUCUCUACUCACGAGUUCUACGCAGGAAGGGCACUGCAGACAUCAGAGGUUUAUGCUCGGGAGGCUUGGCUGUCCGUCUUAACAGAUCACUUGACAGUAGAAGAUAACAUGGGGGUGCAUGUCGUGCAGACGGUGAAUAUGCUGGCAGUAAUUGAUUACACAGCUGGGCGCGUCAAUUCAGGGUGGCUGAAAAUUGGUCUGGCAGCGCGCAUCUCACAAGGACUCGGCUUGAUGAGCGAGCCUGAUGCUUGGCUACCUGCUGCUGAGCAGGAGGAACGCCGACGAGCGUUCUGGUCAGUCUACCUGCUCGACAAACUCAUUUCAUGUGGACGAUCGCGCCCCCUCGUCAUUCUCGACCAAGACUGCCAGAUCCAGCUUCCGUGCGACGAGACCACCAUCCAACUAGGUGAGAUGAAGGAGACAUACACCCUGCAUCAGCUCCUUAACUGGAGCACUGAGAUUGCUGAAAGCCCCAGUCCGUUUGCUCUGGUCAUUCUUCUGGCGUCCAUCUUCGGUCGCUGCACGCGAUAUGUGUAUGCCAACCGGCACACGGACGGGAUUCCGCCCUGGGACACGGAGUCAGAAUACAUCGCAAUCAGCUCUUCCUUGCUGCUGUUCGAAUCCUAUGCGACGUCAGAAAAUGCGUCAGUGGUAGAUAUUUUAAGGAACAGUGCUGAAGCGACGGGGACACUGAACCAACAAGAACUGGGACACCAGACCUUCGCGCACACCCUAUUCCAUCUGUGCCACUGUUUGCUGAAUCACCCUUUCGUUCUUAAAAUUUGCCUUCAACCCUUUGGCUCCAAGGUUCCGCAUAGCUUUGUCACUCGCGCCCUGCAGAAUGGAGUAGAUCAUGCCACGCAUCUGGUACGCCUCCUCCGGGAUGUGUCUGAGGCGGGCGGACUCGUCGAGUCCUCGUUCUACGCGUACUGCGUGGCGAUCGCGGGAGUGAUUCUAUCGAUUGCGUCACAGGAGGAGCAUCAGAAUCUUUCCUGUCGGCUCUCGGAUAUGCGGGACUGCUUUCAGUAUGCUGUUGAUAUACUUGAUCAAUUAGCCAAAAUUUGGACACAUGCCGCUAAUAUGUCCAUCCGUCUGCGUGAUUUCCACGCGCAGCGCCACGGGUUGAGUAGCAUUAUCGACGCAAAGACCCCACUGAGCGAUCCGGGUCCCGUGUCCGAAGAGACCCUGUGGUCCAUGCUCGACUAUUCCAUCCUAGGCAGCAAUCCGCGCAAGACCUCGAGUGCAUCCGGCUCGGAUUACCCCAGCAUCUCCUCGCCCAUAUCCUGGGCUCUGGGGCCGAGUAUGCCAAUCUCGACAUCAUCUCCGAGAAUAGACCUGAGCCACGAGGAUAUGUUUCGUGGCCUUUCGCCGGCUCUGCGACUUCAUGAAGUGGAAUUUCUUUUGAAUUCUAGUACGCUGACGACUGAACUCAUGUGA